UCUCCCAGCAUCCUGAAGUUUGGGGGCUGCAUUCCACUGAGAGAUUUCCAAGUAGAUGUGUGUUGGAGGGACUUCUGCCUAGGGCCUGUGUUCUGGAAAACCUGGGAAAGGGCACAGCCACCACCGCUGUCUCGGAAGACAUCCACGUAGCUCCCUUGGAGACCUUCUGCCCUUUCCCCCUCCCACCAGCCCAAGCGAACAGGGACCAGGCUUGCUUACCGUCACCUGACGCUGGGCAGCCACUGAUCCCAUUGGUGGAGCCAGAUUGGGUCUGGCUCUCCAGUUCCUUCUCGCCUCCUCUGCCUCUCUCUCCUCCAGACCGCUUUGAUUCGCUCUUGCCUCCCCUUGCGCUCGGCUUGGAACAUCGCCUCUCCCGGAGCGGCAGUGCGCUGUGGAGCAGGCAGGGGCUGCCUGUGGGGCAUGGAAGCAGCCUCCUUGGCAGCUGCGAAAGGAGCAGGAGGAGCCAGCGAGCGCUGCUGCCUGUGACCCAGGCGUCCCGGCUGCUGCCCCCAGCCCGGGAGCUCAUCCACACACAGCUCUCUCCCUUCCCUCCCCUCCAGGUCUCCCUCUGCAGAGCCUGGUGGAGCCAGUCCCCACAGGAGCCAGACCGAAGGGGAGCAUGGAGCUGCUGUCCACACCCCACAGCAUCGAGGUGAACAACAUCACCUGCGACUCCUUUCGCAUCUCCUGGGCCAUGGAGAACAGCGACCUGGAGAGGGUCACCCAUUACUUCAUCGACCUCAACAAGAAGGAGAAUAAGAACUCCAACAAGUUCAAGCACCGGGAUGUCCCCACCAAGCUCGUGGCCAAGGCCGUGCCGCUGCCCAUGACAGUGAGAGGCCACUGGUUCCUGAGCCCCCGCACGGAGUAUAGUGUGGCCGUGCAGACCGCGGUGAAGCAGAGCGAUGGGGAGUACCUGGUGUCCGGCUGGAGCGAGACGGUCGAAUUCUGCACUGGAGAUUAUGCCAAGGAGCACCUGGCGCAGCUGCAAGAGAAGGCCGAGCAGAUCGCGGGGCGCAUGCUGCGCUUCUCCGUCUUCUACCGCAACCACCACAAGGAGUACUUCCAGCACGCCAGGACCCACUGCGGGAACAUGCUGCAGCCCUACCUGAAGGACAACAGUGGCAGCCACGGCUCCCCCACCAGCGGCAUGCUCCAUGGGGUCUUCUUCAGCUGCAACACGGAGUUCAACACAGGCCAGCCCCCACAGGACUCCCCCUACGGCCGCUGGCGCUUCCAGAUCCCCGCCCAGCGCCUCUUCAACCCCAGCACCAACCUCUACUUUGCGGACUUCUACUGUAUGUACACAGCCUACCACUACGCCAUCCUGGUGCUGGCCCCCAAGGGCUCUCUGGGGGACCGCUUCUGCCGAGACCGCUUGCCCCUUCUGGACAUUGCCUGCAACAAGUUCCUGACCUGCAGCGUGGAGGAUGGGGAGCUGGUCUUCCGCCACGCCCAGGACCUCAUCCUGGAAAUCAUCUACACCGAGCCCGUCGACCUGUCCCUGGGCACCCUGGGGGAGAUCAGCGGCCACCAGCUCAUGAGCUUGUCCACUGCCGACGCCAAGAAAGACCCCAGUUGCAAGACCUGCAACAUCAGUGUGGGCCGCUAGGGACUCCAGGGGAGCUGGGGGACCUAGGGAGAAAUGACCCGCAGAGCGGUGAUGGGUGACAUAAGUUCAGGGAGCUGGCUUUCUCUGCCCUGCCCCCCUGCCCCCUCCGCACCAUCCGUUCCCCCUCCCCCACCCCUUGGCAUUAGAGGCAACAGAGGGUGGUCCCCUUGGUGGGCAUGGCCCACCCAGGCCUGGUAAGGCUCUUAGCUUCAGUAGGUUGGUAGGGGGUUGGACUUCUGGAGACUUCCCCUUCCCUCUGGCUUCCCUGUCCUGCUAUUUCCUGCCUCAUCCCAGGCCUCCGUCUGAUGGAGGCUGCACCCUCCAGGCUCUCCCGGGAAAGCCUCUCCAGGCCACAGCCCACCUGCAGGUUGCCAUCCUCCGCGGGGGACACAGAGAGCUGUGGGGUACUCUUCCUUAGCCCACCCACCCCACUCAGGACCACCGCAGGCUGCCCCUCCCUGCUCAGCUGGGCCUGGGGGCUUCCCACUCCAGACCUGGCCCUUUCCCUCUAUAAAUAGUCUCCUGCACUGCUGUGACUUCCCGCCCCACAGCGCCUCCUCCUGUCUGGAGAGAGCUGUUCCCCUUUCUCACCUCCGCCCUGAAAGGGGCCCUCUUCCUCCUGGCUUUGGAGCAUCCAGGCUGUUGGAGUUUUCCCUUUGUUCCGAAGAUAAUACAGACCCCAGAGGACCUUCUCCCUUGCUCAGAGUACUGAGGCCUGGUGUGGCAGCCAUGUGGCAGCCACUGGGGUCGAGGAGGGGGGACAAGACCCCUGAGACCCAGAGGGACCCAUUUCUCAGCCAGGAGUGGGCUGCUGCCUACCCUGAGGACACCUGGUGUGGAACAAGAUCUGAGGGCUUUCCUGCAGAGCCCAGCACACCCUGGCUGUGCAGU